AUGUCUUUUGCAGAUUUAGAACAAGGAAGAAACUACACUGAUCAAAAUGGAGAGUUUGCAUCGGUAGCCAACUCUAUAGCUCAAAAAAUCCACAUUUUACGAGGAAAUACGGCAGCUAUUCACAGAUAUUUGGUCAACAACAUCACGAAAAAUCUUCAUGAAUUAUUAGAAAAGUCUAGAGAUUUGUCUCAAAACGUACGAGCAGAUCUGAUCCGUCUUUCCAACAUUCGAGAUUCAAAAUUUGGAGAGGAAGCAUCUUCUUUUGCAGUCUCAAAGCUUACGAAGGAUUUUAACAACGUGUUGGCCGAACUUCAGCGUGUUCAACAGAAGUGUGCUCAACAAGAAACGGAUACAGUGGCAGCGGCUCAAGCUGCUCUAAACCAAGAUGCGAGCCAACAGGCAUUAGAAGAAGAGGAGCAUGCCAGACAUGCUCUGACAGAAGCUAGAAGUACCCAGCAUUUGCAUACCCAAAGAAGGUUGUCGAAUUCUCAAUUGGAAUAUCAGCAGCGAUUAAUUCACGAACGACAAGGUGAAAUUGACAAUAUAACCCAAGGAAUUGGCGAAUUAAAUGACAUUUUCCGUGAUUUAAGCACGAUAGUGAAUGAGCAGGGAGAGCUGGUGACAAAUAUUGAAUACAACAUUGGAAAUACCGCUACGAAUACAAAAAAUGCCUCUAAGCAGUUGCAAAUUGCGAAUGAGAGGUCUAGAAAAGCAAGAAAACGCAGUCUAUGCUUUUUAAUUAUAUUAGUCGCUAUUUUGGGUAUCAUUUUAACUGCCCUCAUAGUCGGUUAA